AUGUUCAUGACACUGUUCCUCUUUACAUGGACUCCACCCUAUAUUCAGGGUAUUUAACCAUCCAUGCCAUUCAGUGGUUAAACCAAACAUCCUGUAGUUGGCUAUACCUGCUACAUCAGGGUUUACUCGCUCCGUUUGACACCAUGGUCUCUGCGGCGCUACUAGUUGUGUUGUGCACGUUGCCCUCCCUGGCUCAUGCUGGAUGCACUAGUACUCAGAAGGCACCAGAAAGGGUCCGGGCCUGUAGGGACUCUGAUAACAGCUUGCACGAGGUAGGGAGCAAGUGGAGAGUGCACUGCAUGGACUGCACCUGUUCUGCCUCUGGGAUCCAUUGCUGCCAAGUUCUGCCAACUAGCAUAUGGUUUCCUGAUGACUGCGUGGAGGUGUAUGACGAGGCAAACUGCCACCGCUAUGCGGUAAAGAAGAAUGACCCAUCCAUUGAAUGUGAAAUUACUGGAGCAGUUGGAAAGUAAUACAUUAGAUAAAUAUUAUGAUUGAAAAAAAAAUGAUUGAUUGGAAGAAAUGUGAUAAUGUUGUUAAUAGUCCAAAAUGUAUCAAAUGUGAGAAGAAAUUGAAAUGCACUGUUUCUGUUAUUAUUUUUUAAAUAAAAACCACAGUCAUUUAUUUAGAAA